AUGGUUAUCUUGGACAAAGGACUAACUUGGACAUCACACGUUAGUUGCAAAACCGAAAAAGCAACGAUUGUACUGACCCAGUGCCGAAGGGCUAUUGGGAAUACUUGGGGAUUAAAUCCGAAAGUUACAAUGUGGAUCUACACUUCUGUGAUAAGACCCAUGGUAGCUCACGGAGCCAUAGUCUGGUGCUCAGCACUAAAACAUGCAUAUAAAGCUACAUUGCUGCAUCAAUUGCAACGACUGGCCUGCCUGCUAAUCACAGGCGCUAUGAGAUCUACACCUACGAUUGCAAUGGAGACUAUGUUAAACGUGCUGCCCCUAGAUAUUUUUAUCAGGGAGGUGGCCGUGAUGGCAUUGCUUCGGUUGCGAUCAGUAAAUGAAAAGCAGGUUGUUAAAAUGGGAAUAGUCCGGAGCAAGCUCUGGAGUGAGGCUGUUAGUAAACAACCCCUCCUUAAAGCUCGCACAGACUACAUUACACCUACUUUCUUAGGCAAGCCACACUUUGGCAUUGAAACGAUACCCCAGAGCAACUCAAGCUCGGGCAAAACGCUGACCAUCUACACUGAUGGAUCAAAGAAGGCUGGAGGUUCCGGAGCGGGAAUCUUCUCGCACGAUCUCCAGCUGCACCUUUCCACUUCGUUAGGAUCGUAUUGCACGACUGCUCAAGCCGAAUUAAUUGCUAUAAAUAUAGCAGCCGAUGCGAUUAUCGACUCCAAAAAAGUCGGCAGAAACGUUGUAAUCUGUACUGAUAGCAGACAGGCUAUGCUGGCGGUUGGCAGGCAUCAUACUGCAUCAUCGUUGGUGAAGUCCUGUCGGCAAUCACUCGAAGAGGCAAACGUAUACAACAACGUCACGAUAAAAUGGCGAAAAGGACACAUCGGAAUUAAAGGACAUGAUCAUGCGGACAGCAAAAAUCCUGAUCCUAUUAUCCAUAAUAACGCUGCUUUUACUGACAUCACAACGCUGGGAAAUAUAACUGGUGGAGAUGGAUUCGAUGAUCAAUCAUUUACCCAUAUCGAGGAAUUAUUAGUUGAUAAAAGCUUGAACGAAACUGAAAUUAUAGACCUCACCCUUGAGACUCACUCAUCAUGA